UCAUGGAGGCUCAGUCUCGCAGCAGCCAUUGAAGGGGAAGGAACUGCGGGCGCGCGCGUGUCUCUCUCCCUCACUUUCUCUGUGUGAAAGUGUGUGCGUGCCCGAGUGUGCGCGCGCGGGUGUGUGGACUCGGAGGUGGGGGCAGCCGAGUUAGUCCCAAGUCGUCGGACUCCAUUUGCUAUUCUUUUCUUUCUCUCCCACACCCGUGUGGUAGUGGGCGUUCGUCUUUGCGUCUCUUUUCAUUCAUCUCCAGACCUUUAGAGGUUUUUUAGGGUUGGGGGUAGUGGGGAGGGCAGGCGAGGGGAAAGGAGGAGGACAUGGAGAUGAAGAAGAAGAUUAACAUGGAGUUGAAGAACAGAGCCCCGGAGGAGGUGACAGAGUUAGUCCUCGAUAANUGCUUGUGUGUCAAUGGGGAAAUCGAAGGCCUGAAUGACACCUUUAAGGAACUGGAGUUUCUUAGCAUGGCCAAUGUGGAGUUGAGUUCCUUGGCCCGGCUUCCCAGCCUGAAUAAACUCCGGAAGUUGGAACUUAGUGACAAUAUAAUUUCUGGAGGCUUGGAAGUCCUGGCAGAGAAAUGUCCAAAUCUUACCUACCUCAAUCUGAGUGGAAACAAAAUUAAAGAUCUCAGCACAGUAGAAGCUCUGCAAAAUCUUAAAAAUUUGAAAAGUCUUGACUUGUUUAACUGUGAGAUCACAAACCUGGAAGAUUACAGAGAAAGUAUUUUUGAACUGCUGCAACAGGAAGAUGAGGAUGAGGAUGAAGCUGGCUCAGAAGUGGGAGAGGGAGAAGAGGAGGUGGGCCUCUCAUACUUAAUGAAAGACGAAAUUCAGGAUGAAGAGGACGAUGAUGACUACGUUGAUGAAGGGGAGGAAGAGGAAGAAGAGGAGGAAGAGGGUCUUCGGGGAGAGAAGAGAAAGCGAGAUGCUGAGGAUGAUGGGGAGGAAGACGACGAUUAGACCUCCAGGACCAGGCC